AUGGGGCGUAAGAAGUCUAGAUCACCGGCUGCCCAGCAGGCACACGUGGUUAGCAACAACCAUGGCCCCAUCGGACCACCCCGUUUCGAUAAAUACAGCAAGUUAAUCAAAAGAUUCUACGAACAUUUACUGGUCUUGUACGAGUACGACUCGGUUCGUGGCGAGCAUACAGCCGAAAAUCCAGAACCGGGUUUAGGUCGCUUCCUUGACGACCUUGCAUUUCUCUGCGAGUAUGAGAAAGGUGGAAACGCUUGUACCGCGAUAGGAGUCCAAGACUCUGAGGAGCUCUUCAUUUUUUGGGUUGCUGCAAAUUUUGACUCCCGCAAGAAAAUUGUCCCAUUUUUGGAAAGAUUACUCAAGGAGUUUGCCAAUCUAUCACCAGCAUCUUCAGCUGCCACAUCGGACCAUGAACAUCGGCUCAAGGAUUUAUGCAUAAACUAUGCACGAUUGAAGAUCAAAGCUUUGAAGGAUUUGCUGCUCCGCGCCACCUCUGACUGUCAUAGCCGAACCCAAAAUCCCAUCUUCGCGCUCUGGCGCGAACAAUUCAACAGUUGCCCCAGCGAUGUGGCCGUGUGCGAACUGGCAUACAGACUGCGAAAUUCAGAUGAAAUAAAAACAAUCGAGGUGAUGGCUCAAGAACCGACAUAUAUAAAAUCUUCUGCGGAGCGAAAGUCACCGUUUGGUCAAGUGAGGCAUUAUGUCGGUCGCCUGGCACAUUACGUUCGCGUCGUACGGCGCCUCAUUCACGAUAUUCAUUCAGUCGCAGUCAGAGAUUUGAUCACCAAUCCUUUUCGUGUCGAGGCAGUCCCAUUAGCAACAUGUGUCGACCUGCCACGUCCAGACAAUCUCACCACACUAGAUGGCAUCUGUACCAGAAUGCUCGAAGCAAAUGACCCGUUCCUGGACCAGCUAAAACGAGAAUUCGCAAAUCGCAACAUUGUCGAGAAAAUCAUGGCACAUUAUGAGAAUUUCAAAACCCCUCGUGUGCAUGCAGAGAUACAGGUAUUGGAUUUCUUUCACAUUAAUGGAAUCAGGUGGGCUAGGGACGACAGGUAUGUUGGAUGUAGUAAGGCGGCUUGCUUCUGUUGUCAGCGCUAUUUCCGUCACCACCCUGCCAGGCCUAAAGAGCCUCAAUCACAUCAGAAAGUCUGGCCGAUGUGGGGUCCAAUGUUGCUGAAGUCGCGAUCUGAGGAUGCUCGGUAUGUCGAACAGAGGGACAUUUUGAACAGUAUCAUAAACGACAUCCGUAGGGAGUUGAUCGAUCAGAUCAAAGCAGGACAUGGACGACAUUCUUGGCACGAAGACACUCGCACAGAUAUUACCAGGUCUACAGCUGAUGCUAAGGUGGAGCAUUCACGCAGAUUUUCUUUGCGCUUGGGUGAUGUCCGCAUUGACAGCUCGGAUGGUCAAGACGAUCCCAGUAAUACCGAUAGCGAGACAAUCAGUUCUGAACAGCACAUUUUUGACGUCGAGCCUGUUUCGACUGACAUUGAACAUGAGGGCUCUUACAGUUCAGACACUAGCACGGAUGAGGACUACGAUUCUGAUGGAGGUGCCUUGCUAUAG